AUGGCACCCACCGUCAUCCUCAUCAGGCACGCGCAAGCCCUUCACAGUCAGUGUCUUCCCCCGUCUGAAGUGGAAACUAUGCUAAUGUUACGCCAGAUGUCGCUCAUAAACUAUGACAUCCACGAUCCCAGCCUCACUGAACUCGGCUUUGGCCCUCAGUGUAAUGAGCUCGCCCAGUACCUCGAGAAUGAGCUCCCCCUGGCGCAGAAGAUCGAGCUCAUUGUUGUCAGCCCUAUGCGCCGCACUCUCCAGACUGCCCAGCAGGGCUUAGGAUGGCUGAUGAAGCGUGGGGUCCCCGUGAUCCUCCGCCCCGAGUGGCAGGAGAACUCAGCCAAGCCGUGCGAUACGGGAAGUCCCAUUUCAGAGAUGGCGGCGGAGUGGCCUCAGUUCGAUUGGUCGACCGUUGAUCCCCAGUAUCCCGCGAAGACCGGACUGUACGAAUUCUCCAAGCGCGGGCUGACAGAGCGAGGAAUUGCUGCUAGGAAGUGGUUGAGGAACAGGCCCGAGAAGGUUAUUGCGGUGGUGUCUCACUCGGGGUUCUUGCGAGUUGGGGUCAGCUACAAGAAGUACGAAAACGCCGACUUCAGGAUCUUCGACUUUGCUGAUGGGGAUGAGGAGAUUGGCGGAAAGUUGGUUGAGUGGGAGUUGACUGAGAAGAAGGGUGGUGGUCUAGGAAAGAGCCCGAAAGGAUAUUUUCCCGUGGGUCCUGGGGACUACCCGGCGGAGCCCGAGUUGGAAACUCAGAAGGAUAUUGGGGAAGCCGUCAGCGAGCUACCGAAUUAGGAGACGAUGGUCAGUUCUCUGCCCAGAU